AUGCAUAGGUUGAUCGCUCACCAUGGUUUGAUACAGAACCGCUGCCCUUUUGUACUGCGCACCCGUCUCCAAUGCGCGCCGUUACGGGUGCAGGCCCAACAGUUGAACGAAGGCAGAGGAAGCGCUUCGCCCGUUAAAAAUGACGGAAGCACGGAGAGCGCAGCUGCAUCUACACUGCAAGAGCAGUUGACCCUCCCCGAAGAACUGAAGGAUACUGCAAGCCAUGGACAUGUGGUUACGCCGAGGGAGGACAUCGAUACCCAGAAAUACUCGAACAGGUCGACCCAAGACUUUGGUGCAUAUGUUGCAGGAGGAAUCACGCAAGAUGUUGGUGUCGCGCCAACCGCUCCGGUCAGAGAGUCUGCAGUUCAGCCGCCAAAAAAGGAGGAAACUACCCAAGAAGAGGGAGACAAACCAGAGCGUAAAUAUCUGAGGAGAAUCCCGUUACCUAAACGCUUUCCACCGCUUCUUCGAGAGAUUCAAAGCGUUGGGCACGACCACGAGAUCUCCAAGACAGAUCGCCCCCGGAAAUCCCUGGACAGGUCUGUAGUGUCCACGGAGAUCCUCGAGGCUGAGUUACGAUGGGUGUCACGAAAUCACCCGCAUCCAAAAGCCGUCCGCAAUAUCCUGGAAAUACUCAUCCGAGACCGCAAGGUGAAGCCAUCGGCGGCUCACUACGAGGCACUGAUUCUAGCAAAUUGCUUUCCAGAGCUUGGGACUGUGGAGAAUGUGAAGAUGAUCUUGGAAGAGAUGGAGCGCGAGGGUAUCUUAAUCGAGCCUUCUAUAUAUUAUGCUGUUUUGACGGUCCUUACGGUCCAUCCAGACACGUAUCUCCGUACGACUAUCAUCCAAAAACUACGUCAGCAAUGGGUCUCGAUCCCAGAAUUCUAUGCACAAUUGAAUGCCGUUGCCAUGAUCCGAGAAGGCCAGCUGGAACUGGCAACCGUGGAACUGGACAAUUUCCAGCAGAAACGGAUCCCCAUUGCGUCUUGGAUCUGGGUCAUCUACGUCCACGCCGUCUGCGACCGCCGCGACUUCGAAGCCCUGUUGCAGAUCCUGUACAAACUGCCUGACGAAGGCUUCCUCUUUCCCCGUCCGACGCUACUCCAUCUGCUGGUUACAGCCAGCGAGCACGACUCCUUGGACGUCACGAAGUAUCUUUGGCACAGCUACGUCGAGAGCAUGCAUAUCGUGCCUAACGAGGACUUGUGCAUGACCGUGUUACGGCUGGCAGCCAAGCAUCAAGAUCUCAAAUUGGCCGAAUCCAUCGCGGUGGUGUUGGAGAGUGUUGCUGGUGAUCGGCUGACUAUGCCGCCGAGCUUGGUUGACAGGCCGCCUCCGACGAAGCAUGAGACGAUGAGCUUGACUUUUGAUUCACCGGAUCUUCCUGACUUCGAAUGCGACUCUCUGUCGCAGUACAGGACCGGUUCCAAUGACGCUGGAUUCGAGACUGUGACUGGUGCCACAGGUCUCUGGGGUCGCAUGGCGUCUUCGGCUACGUCUGGGCCAGAUUCCAUGUCGGAAUCCGAACGAGAGUUGCAGUCAGAGCCCUUGGCCAUGGCCUUUUCUACUCCCCUUCCACUUCCACAUCCAGCUAUUCGACUCCGCUCACGCAAUUUACCGGAAGAAGCUGUUCAGAUCAUUCGCGAUUUGGGAAUCAACACCGAUCGCCGCGGGAGGAAUAGGAGACACAGGGGUAUCCUGUAUCCGCUGUUCAGGAAGGAGAGCGGGCUGCGAGGCGCGCGAUCCGAUCCGAGACAGGCACUCAUGCAGGGAUGGGAUUGGCGCAAGAAAUGA